CCGGCACGACUGCGCACACCUUCGCUGCGCUGCCGAGACACAGAUCCGCGCUGCAGCUGAGCGCUGCGCUGCGCCAGGCAAGCGCGCGCCCUAGCGACGGGCUUCUGCGCUGGCAUCGGGCCGCUGGGCUCGCAUGAGCGCCGCUCCUCUGCCAACGCCGCCGCGCAGCGAAGGGACUGCCGCCGAUGGACGCGCAGCCGCCACGAUGGCGGAGGGGCAGCCGUCGCGACCACGGCCCAAUACGCCACCACUGCCAUCCAAGGCUCGCACGCCGCCACGUCCGGCCAACGUCAGUGCGCGGGCCAAGAGCGCAUCGCCUGCGCCUGUCGACGAUGGCGCUGCGGGCGAGGGCAGCCGCGCUUCAGGAAUGAGCAUCAACCGCGACGCAGCCCGCGGCCGAGGCGGCCCACAAGCACGCAGCCUCAGCCCGGCGCAGACGCGCAAGCACUCGACCAGCCCGAGCGAGCCGCGCGUGCCGCAGACGUCGCUCCUGCUGCCGACGAACGGCCGCACGCCCUCAGCGUCUGGCCGGCCGCCGUCGCCCGGCCCGAACCUGUUCCCGCCGCGGCGCCGCAGUCCUGACAAGCGCGCCAGUCCAUCGAAGAGCAUGACGAGCGAGGAGGAGGGCGCCAUCGACGAGGACGACGAGCCAAGCACGAGCAGUGCGCGUGCGCUGCCGCACUCUGGCUCGCCGCGCUUCUCCCAUCCCGAACGCGCGGGACACGACUCGUGGAGCCGCGGCGGAGAGUCGCACUACGUGCCCGCUCCCGGCAACCAGCGCCUCGACAUGCCUCGCGAGCGCUACCAGUCCAUAGCGGCAAUGCGCGCGAGGCGCCGCCUAGACGUCAGUCGCGCGACUGGGAUGCCGAGGCGCGCAGAGCGCGAGAAGACAGCGGCGCAUCGAUGGGCGAUAUGCAUCGGCGAAGCAAUGGCUCCCUUCACUCGCCAAGCAUCGGAGCCGACGAGCAGUUUGGCGAAGCAAGACCCGCCUUUGUGCACUCCAACUCGCACGAGGAGUGGCGCGACUCGCGGCAAUCGCUGCUGCGGCGCAGUCCCGAGACAAGCAUGGGCGCGCCACGACGUCGCUCGUUCUCGCGGGAUCGCUCGCCGCGGCGCCAUGCCUCGGUGGUGCCGGCAGCUGCGGCGCUGCCAUCACGUCCGGGCUCGAGCUGGUCGUUCGAGCCGACCGUACGCGACUCGGGCUAUGGCAACCGGCGGCCGCGGCACGGCUCAGAGGGAGCCGAGGAGCGCGCAAGAAGUGUGCAGCGCGAGCGCUCCGCUUCGGCAGUCAAUGGCUCGGCCGCGGCUUCAGCGCAGGCGCCUGCGGCAAUCAGCGUCAAGCAAGAAGAGGCUGAGCGCACGCCGACCAGCGCUGCAGAGGCGCCCAUUGCACGGCCAAAGACGCCUCCGCGUUCGCGGACGCCGCCGCGCUCCAAGACGCCUCCGCGUCCAUCGCCACCCGCCGCUUCUACGACUGCUAAGCCAAAAGCGCCCUCGCCGCCGCCUGCUGCGGCGUCAGCGACGUCCGAAAGCGCAGCUCAGCCGUCCGCGCAGCAACCGCGCGUCAUCGAUGCCCCGCCACGGCCUCCUAUGAUGCUCGCAGAUCCGUCCGAAAAGCUGACUGCGCUAGACGAAGGGCCUGCAGCCGUCGCGGAGGUGCAGAGCGAGCAGGCGC